GUAAUAAGAGGAAUCUGCUGGGGACAGAAUAAAGAGCUGCUGGCUGGGAGUGCAUGGAGAUCCCUAUCACGGAUGAUAAAUAAAUAAUCAAGAGCAAUUCGUGGCACUCUUCCCUGUCCUCCCUCCAAGAAGCUGCCAGAUCAAAUUUGGUGUCCUAUGCACUGUGAGAAAUGCAAUGCCGGGUGCUGCUGGUUUUGUUGCUGAGCGCUUCAGUACAGUGCCAGCUAAGAGGUUUGUUUCCUGCCAUAUUAAAUCUUGCUAGCAAUGCGGAUAUCACUGCGAACGCAACAUGUGGGGAAAAGGGACGAGAGACUUUCUGCAAACUUGUAGAGCAUGUGCCAGGAAAGCAAGUCCGUGAACAACAAACACAAUGUCGUACAUGUGAUCAGGACAGUCCAAACCCUAAAGAACGACAUCCAAUUUCACAUGCUAUAGAUGGCACAAAUGACUGGUGGCAAAGUCCCAGUAUUCAGAAUGGAAAAGUGUAUCACUGGGUCACCAUAACCCUAGAUUUGAAACAGGUUUUUCAAGUUGCAUACUUUAUCAUCAAAGCUGCAAAUUCACCAAGACCGGGAAACUGGAUUUUAGAACGUUCUCUAGAUGGAGUUGAGUUUAUGCCCUGGCAGUAUUAUGCAAUUAGUGACAGUGAGUGCUUGACUCGUUACAACAUCACGCCAAGACUUGGGCCACCAACCUAUAAGAGAGAUGACGAAGUGAUCUGCACAUCUUAUUAUUCUAGACUUGUACCACUGGAACACGGAGAGAUUCAUACUUCAUUGAUUAAUGGAAGACCAAGUGCUGACGACCCCUCUCCAAAUCUGUUAGAUUUCACUUCUGCUAGAUACAUCCGCCUUCGCCUGCAGCGUAUACGAACACUGAAUGCAGACCUCAUGACCCUUAGCCACCGGGACCUUAAAGAUAUUGAUCCAAUAGUAACCCGACGGUAUUAUUACUCAAUCAAGGAUAUAUCGGUUGGAGGAAUGUGUAUUUGCUAUGGACAUGCUCGUAGCUGCCCCUGGGAUGAAGUUACUAUGAAACUUCAGUGUCAAUGUGAACGCAAUACUUGUGGAGAAAACUGUAAUGAAUGUUGUCCAGGAUACCACCAGUAUCCAUGGCGACCUGGCACAAUUUCCGUUGGCAACAAAUGUGAAAAAUGCAACUGUCAUAACAAGGCCGAAGAUUGUUAUUAUGAUGAAAAUGUGGCAGAACGUAAUAUGAGCUUGAAUAUCCAUGAACAGUUUAUUGGAGGAGGAGUGUGUAUCAACUGCUCUCAGUUUACAGCUGGAAUUAACUGUGAAACUUGUAUUGAAGGCUACUAUAGGCCACAUAAGGUUUCCCCGUAUGCAGAAUCACCAUGCCGUCCUUGUGGAUGUGAUCCUUUUGGGGCCCAUAGUGCGGUCUGUAUUGUAGAUGACAAGCACGCCAACUUACAGCAAGGUAUCCUGCCAGGGCAGUGCCACUGCAAAGAAGGCUACACAGGAACACAAUGUGACCAAUGUGCAUUUGGAUACAAAGGAUACCCGAACUGUGUGCGGUGCAAUUGCAGCCUGGAGGGCAGCUUAAACGAUGAUCCUUGUGCAGAGGAGUGCAUAUGCAAGGAACAUGUGGAAGGUGAGAACUGUGACCGCUGUAAAGAAGGAUUCUAUAAUCUACAGGGCAAUAAUCCAGAGGGAUGCACAGAAUGUUUUUGCUUUGGUGUUUCUGGUGUGUGUGAAGGACUCUUUUGGCACACUACUCAGCUGUCUGAUAUUAGUGGCUGGCAUAUUAGCGACCUGCAAGCUAUACAGAGAAUCCAGCCACAGCAAGACCAGUUUGAUGGACCUCAUCAAAUAAGUAUCAACAAUACAGAGGCAAGGAAGAUAUUUAAAUCCAUAUAUUACUGGCAGGCUCCUUCAUCAUAUCUUGGAAAUAAACUUAUUUCUUUUGGUGGACACUUAAGAUACACUGUGUCUUAUGAAAUCCCUGUGGAAAGUAUGGACAAUGAACUGGUUUCCAGUGCAGAUGUCAUUAUACAGGGAAACGGUAAUACACUGGCUACCAAGGCUGGUGGUAUUCUGCUCCAGCCGUAUGAGGAGCAUACUGCUGAGGUGAAACUUGUUCCAGAGAGCUUUAUAGACUUCUAUACAAAACGGCCUGUGGACAGAGACAGACUAAUGACUGUUCUGGCCAACAUAAAUCACCUGCAAAUAAGGGCAAGCUACAACAUUGCAAAAAAAGCAAUAACAAGAUUGAGCUCAGUCAGCUUGGACAUGGCGAAACCAAACGUCAUAGCUCUUCUACCAGCUGUUCAGGUGGAAAACUGUGAAUGUCCCCCUGGGUAUAGUGGUACAUCUUGUGAGUCUUGUAGCCCUGGACACUACCGUGUAGGUGGAACCCUGUUUGGGGGAAUUUGUCAACCGUGUGAAUGUAACGGUCAUGCAACUGAAUGUGACAUACAUGGAGUAUGUUAUGAUUGCCAGCACAAUACAAUGGGUCCUCACUGUGAUCAGUGCUUGCCAGGGUUUUAUGGAAACCCAUCACAUGGAACUCCUCAUGAUUGCAAACCAUGUUCUUGUCCCUUAAAUAUCUCGUCUAACAAUUUUAGUCCAACAUGUCUUUUAUCCAGUGAUGGUGAAAUGAUCUGUGACCAGUGCCCACCCGGUUAUUCUGGUUCACGGUGUGAAAAAUGUGGAAUUGGUUACUAUGGAAAUCCAUCUGUUCCUGGAGGGUCAUGCGUUCCCUGCAAUUGCAAUGGCAAUAUAAACCCAUUUGAAAAUGGUAAUUGUGAUGCAGUCACAGGAGAGUGCCUUAAAUGCAUUGAUAACACAGCUGGAAGCCACUGUGAAAGGUGUGCAGAUGGCUUCUAUGGGGAUGCCAUCUUCGCUAAAAAUUGUACCGCAUGUAGAUGUCACCCAAACAGCUCGAUUUCUGAGGUCUGCCACCAUGAGACAGGACAAUGCGACUGCAAACCAAAUGUGUUUGGCCAAAGAUGUGAUCAGUGUUUGGAAGGAUACUAUGGCUUGACCACUAGCAUUGGCUGCCUUCCCUGUAACUGUAGCCAGUCAGGCUCUGUCUCUGGCGCAUGUAAUGAUGCCGGGCAGUGUACUUGUGUUCUUGGAGUUGCUGGUAACAAGUGUGACAUUUGUGCUCAUGGAUUCUAUGCAUUCCAGCAAGAUGGGUGCACACCUUGUGAUUGUGAGCACACUCAAAAUAACUGUGACCCUAAGACUGGUCAGUGUAUCUGCCCUCCGCACACUCAUGGAGUGAAAUGUGAAUUCUGUGAUGCCAACUACUGGGGACAUGAUCCUGAGCUUGGAUGCUUGGAAUGCAACUGCAGUUAUGCCGGUUCUAACAGCCUCCAGUGUGACCUUUCCACUGGCCAGUGCUCCUGCAGAGAGGGUUAUGGUGGGCCAAGCUGCAGAAAUUGUGUGUUUGGGUACCGAAACUAUCCCGAUUGUGUCUCAUGUGACUGUGAUUCAAGAGGGACACAACCAGCUUGGUGUGAUGACACUCAACAGGUGUGCAGCUGUGAGGAGGAUACUGGAGUAUGCGCUUGCAAGGAAAAUGUGGUGGGGGGAUACUGCAAUGAAUGCAUGGCAGGAACCUAUGGUCUGCAUGGCGACAACUCACUGGGAUGUUCCCCGUGCUUUUGUUCAGGAGUAUCUCAAUUAUGUACAGAGAUCGAGGGCUACGUCCACAUUCCUAUCUCUUUGGUGCCAGAUCAUUCAUUGCUCCAUGUGGUUUCUCAGAGUGACCUGCAGGGGACCACAGAGGGUGUAUUUGCAGAGUCUGUAGAUAUGUUACUCAAUGCAGCAGUGGUACAGCAAAAACUGAACUCAGAGACCUUAUAUUGGCGAUUACCUUCACAAUUUUUGGGUGAUAAGAUUUUGGCGUACGGUGGUAUGUUGAGGUACGCUGUCACAUAUUACGCACUUGGGGAUUCUGGGUUUUCUGACUUUGAGCCAGAUAUUCUAAUCAGGGGUGGACGUCUAAGCAAGCAAGUGAUAUAUAUGCAGUUUCCUACUCCUGCAAACGGACUGAAAAAUGAGAUUCAGGUCAACAUGAGAGAGAAAAAUUGGAAAUACUUUAACUCUGUAUCUGAUCAGUCGGUGACAAGAUCCGAUUUCAUGUCAGUGCUAAGCAACAUAGAUUACAUUCUCAUAAAGGCAUCGUAUGGCAGUGAUCUUCAUCAGAGCAGAAUUUCAAAUAUAUCAAUGGACAUUGCAGUUGAGGCAUCAGACAUGCAUUCUGGACGUGAAGCUGCACUUCAUCUGGAGAAAUGUUAUUGUCCACCAGGUUAUGCAGGGCUUUCUUGUCAGGAGUGUGCUUCUGGCUACUACAGAGAAAAAGUGUCAGAAAUUGAUGUUCGAGGAUCACGACCACUAAUUGCACCAUGUGUACCCUGUCAGUGCAGCAACCACAGUGAGACUUGUGACCCAGACACUGGAAAAUGCAUGGAUUGCAAAGAUAAUACAGAUGGUCAUCAUUGCCACAUAUGCGCUUCUGGGUAUUAUGGCAGAGUAACAGGGUCAAUUGCAGAUUGCUCACUAUGUGCUUGUCCCAAGGGUAACAAACAAAGCUUUAGCCCAACAUGUGUGCUAGAGGGUGUAAGUGAUUUCCGAUGUGAUGCUUGUCUUCCUGGAUAUGAGGGAAAGCAUUGUGAGAGGUGUUCCCUUGGAUAUUAUGGAAAUCCUAAUGAGCCUGAUGGAAACUGCCAGGAAUGUGACUGCAACCCAAGCGGCUCCUUGAACAAUUACUGUGACCGUUUAACUGGCCAGUGUGCUUGCAAGCAGGGAGUCACGGGGCGCCUUUGUGACGCAUGUGAACCAAGACAUAUUCUUCUAAACCAAGAAUGCAUAUCUUGUGAUGAUGAUUGCACAGGACCACUACUAACUGAUCUGGAUAAUUUGCACCAAAUCAUAUUCUCUUUUAACAUUACUGGAAGUGUCACUCUACCUUAUGGUAUGAUGUCAAGUCUGGAGAAUGGGACAAGUCACCUAAACGAAAUGGUAUCUACAAGGGGCAAAACAACCUUUUCGCUGGAUAAGACACUAGAGCAGCUCACAUUAAUUGCAGAAAAUACCGAUCAACUUCAACAGAAAAUGACCACUGUAAUAAGUCAUGGACAAGAAGUGAACAGUUCUACUAUCAAGACAUUACAAACGACACAGGAGCUGAUGGGCUUUAUUGAGAAGAUGCAAAAAACCAUAAGAGUACUUGUUGAAGUGGCCUCAAGUUUAAAUGAUACACUCGACAAUGACAUUGAGCUGACAAAUACUACACCCUUAACUUACCAAGAUGUUUCAUCCAUGAUUGAAUCUAUAAGAGCAAUCGACUUCAGAAAUCAACAUCAAAAUGCUACCAAAACCCUCAAAGCUUCAGAAGUCUUACUGUUUAAUGUUCAGAGGGACUAUGGUAAGCCGUAUCAGGACUUAAUAAAAGUGAGGAAGAAUCUGGAAGACACCCUUCUUCUGCACAACAGCAGAUUACUGGCAGCCAAAGACAUGUUACAUGAAGCAUCUACAAAUACCAACAAAACUAAUAAUCUGCUGGUUCUCAUUCAAAAUUAUAUGACAGAUUUAAAUGUGAGAAAGAAAUAUCUGCAAGAAAACAAGAAUCGAUCUGUGAUGUUGAUAGAGGAAGGUCUUGGACUUGUUGAUGAUGCAGUUCUCCUUGCCGAGGAUACGAUUAAUGCAACAUCUGUUUUGGAGACCCACCAAGAGGAGCUAAUUCUCUGGAAUGCAAAGCUGAGACACCAUGUAGAUCAUCUUGUUAUGCAAAUGGCCAAGAGAGAUGCACUUGACCUGGUAUAUCAAGCAGAGGAUCAUGCAACUGAACUUCAGAAUCUAUCUGGCUCACUAAACAGUUCCCUUUUGGAAGUAAGAAAUGUUUCUCUCAAUGCCACAAGUGCAGUUCAUGCUCAUUCAGAUAUUAAACACAUGGUUGAUCAAGCUGAGGAUUUAGCAGAACAGUGUAACUACACAGUUUCUGAAGCUCAGACCUUGGUUUUUGGCCCUGAAGGGACUUUACAGUUUGAUUCAGAGAGGACUAUGAAGCUCAGCUCACAACUUCUAAAUGAAGCAAACAAAUUGAGUAAAUCCACUGAAGGACUCGUGUCUGACCUGAAUGGAUUGAAAACAAAAGUGGAUAAGAUACAAAAACGCACUCGUGCGUUUACCCGUCAGAUAAAUGACCAAUUGCUUGCACUGAAAACUCUACCAAAUGAUACAAGUGAAAAACUACAAGAUGCUAAAAAGCUUGCCUUAUCUGCCAACACUAGUGCAGCUGGCACUCUCAAACAUAUCAUGAAUUUUAGUCAGAAAUUGAUGAAUGCCACAACAGCAAUGUCUAAGGUUAACGACACCUUACAGAAAACCAAUGAGCUUCUUAUUGACACUUCGAAGACUGCUUUGUCAGCUGGGAACAAAAUAAAAGAAGUUAAGAUACAAGCAAACAUAUUGUUGGAUAGACUGAAACCCAUGAAAUUGUUGGAAGAAAACCUGAGCAGAAAUCUGUCUGAAAUCAGAGAGCUGAUAAGUCAGGCACGGAAACAGGCUGCAUCUAUUAAAGUUGCCGUAUCUGCUGACAGAGAUUGUGUCCGUUCUUAUCAACCAGAGAUAUAUUCUACUAACUUUAACACUUUAACAUUAAAUGUGAAAACCAGUGAGCCAGACAACCUUCUUUUUUACAUGGGCAGCAACACUAAGUCUGACUUCAUGGCACUAGAAAUGCGAAAUGGCAAAGUUUCUUUCCUUUGGGAUUUGGGCUCUGGAUCAACAAGGCUUGAAGAACCAGAUAUCAAAAUAGACAACAACAAAUGGCAUAAAAUAAAUGCUACAAGGUUUGGUAAGACAGGUACAUUGAGUGUACAUGAAAUUUCUUCUCAGAAGCCUUCAACAAAAACAACAUCUUCCCCUGGAACUUCAUCCGUUUUUGAAGUAGAUAAUUCAACAUUUGUAUAUGUUGGGGGACUUGGAGAAAAAAUGAAGAAGUCACGAGCACUAAAGACAACUCAUUUUAAAGGAUGUGUGACUGAAGCAUUUCUUAAUGGAAAAUCUAUUGGUUUAUGGAAUUAUAUUGAGAGAGAGGGUAAAUGCGGUGGAUGUUUUGCAAGCUCACAGGAUGAAGAUAUUGCUUUCCAUUUUGAUGGUAGUGGUUAUUCCAUUGUAGAAAAGACAAUGCGGUCAACUGUAACACAGAUAGGGAUACAUUUCCGAACCUUUUCUCCAAACGGUCUCCUGUUAUAUCUCACUUCAAAUGGAACUAGAGACUUCUUAUCCAUUGAGAUAGUGGAUGGAAAGAUAAGAUUGUCUGUGGAACUUGGAUCAGGACCCCUAAUAUUGACAACAGAUGGCCGUUACAAUGAUGGUGCAUGGUAUAAAGUGGCCUUCCAGCGCAAUAAAAAACAAGGCCUUUUAGCAAUCAUGGAUUCCUACAACUCAAGUAACAGGGAAACCAAGCAAGGCGAAGCUCCUGGUGUUGCUUCAGACCUGAACAGAUCUGAGAAAGAUCCAAUUUAUAUUGGUGGGCUUCCAAGGUCCAGGACUGUCAGAAAACAACUAAGCAGUAGGUCGUAUGUUGGUUGCAUUAAGAACUUGGAAAUUUCCCGCUCAAACUUUGAUCUGCUUCGAAAUGCAUAUGGUGUACAAAAAGGUUGCAUCCUUGAGCCUACUCGUAGCAUUACUGUAUUAAAUGAUGGCUAUGUGGAAAUGAUGCCAAUAUCAUUAUCACCAGAGUCAGAACUAAUGGUAUCAUUCUCCACAAUGAAUGAAACUGGAAUUAUAUUUGCUGGUCUUGGAAAGCGAACAGAAAAACGUACUCGCAGACAAGCGGUCCUGCCAUUCUUUGCUGUCAUGCUGGUUAAUGGCCAUAUUGAACUUCAUAUCAACCCCAUGGAUGGUGCCAGCACCAGAAGGGUUACUGUGAAAUCACCUUCUGGAACAUAUAGUGAUGGACAAGAGCAUUCCAUUAUUCUUACACGGAAUAAGAGACUUGUGAGUGUGCAAGUGGAUGAGGGAAAACCCGCAGAGUUAAAAUUAAAUGGUCCAGCUGUUGAGUCAGUGUCUUUGAAUACUUCUCAUUUUUAUGUCGGUGGAGUACCUGCUACAUUGGGAGUUACAGUGCUUAAAACAAGCCAGUCGUUCUAUGGUUGCAUUCGGAAUAUAGUAUUUAAUAAAGAGCUGAUGGAUUUUAAUAGUGUCAUAAAGUAUGAAAGGGUGGACAUGGAUAGCUGCUUACUAUCAGAGAAGCCUAAAUACACUCUACAACUUGACGAACAGGAUGUGCAGCCAACACCAACCGCAGCUAGAUCUGUUACUGAGAAGAGAAUAUCUGCAACUACACCUUUACAAAAAUCUUAUGUCACCAAACCAUUACAGUGUGCACAUGAGGCAUUACCAGACUUUGUACCUGAUGGACAUCAAUUUGGACUCACUAAAGGAAGCCAUAUUGUGUUGCCUUUUGACCAAUCAACUGUUAGAAGAAAGUUUUCUGUUCAGUUGACUAUAAGAACAUAUGCAUCCAGUGGCCUCAUUUACUAUAUGGCUCACCAAAACCAAGUUGACUAUGCUGCUCUACAGCUCCUCGAGGGAAGGCUCUAUUUCUUGUUUGAUAUGGGAAAAGGAAGGACAGUGUCUAUCCAUCCAGCUUUCAUCAGUGAUGGAAAAUGGCAUACAGUAACAACUGAAUACAUUAAGAGGAAAGGCACCAUCACUGUUGAUGGACAAGAGUCUGCCCCUGUCAGUGCUCCGGGUGACAGCAACACUCUGGAUGUAGAAGGAAAGCUUUAUCUUGGUGGGCUGCCCCUGGAUUACACAGCGAAGAACAUUGGAAAUGUUACACACAGUAUCCCAGCAUGCAUUGGAAAUGUGAUGAUAAACAACAAACAACUGGAUAAGGCGAAUGCUAUCGCUAUACAUGCUGUGAACAAAUGUUAUGUCAAUGCACAACAAGGAACUUACUUUGAUGGAAGUGGAUAUGCCGCAUUGGUUAAAGAAGGAUACAAAGUCAGAUCAGAUGUGGAUAUAACUCUAGAGUUUCGUACUACGUCCAUGAAUGGUGUCCUACUUGGAAUUAGUAGUGCCAAGGUUGAUGCUAUUGGUCUGGAGAUUGUUAAUGGCAGGGUUUUGUUCCAUGUUAACAACGGUGCUGGUCGAAUAACUGCUGUUUAUAAACCACAAGACACCAGCUCCCUGUGUGAUGGGAAGUGGCACAAGCUUCAGGCCAAUAAGAUUAAGCACCGGAUCGUUCUUACUGUUGAUGGUGUCACAGUUCAGGCAGAGAGUCCUCACGUCCAGUCCACCUCUGCAGAUACUAAUAAUCCAAUUUAUGUUGGCGGUUAUCCAGCUGAUGUAAAACAAAACUGUUUGACUAGCCAGACGUCAUUCCGUGGAUGUAUUAGGAACAUGAAACUAGUGAAAGGUCUACAAACAGAGGCCAGUGACUUCAGCAAAGCAUUUGAGAUGCGCGGAGUCUUCCCUCAUUCCUGCCCUGGAACAGAGCUCUAAACUCAAGACAAACAUCUAAACAGUUCUAUCUUUUAAUGAUCUGGCGUAAAAGCAUUCAAGAAUGUCUCUUUUAGGACAUUCAUAUUUCCAACUCAGGAACAAUAUUUUUACAAAUUAUUCUGCAAUUAUGUUUUAACUAAAAAAAUAUACAAAUACCUCCAAUAGAAUAUUAAAACUAUUACAUUGGUGUUUUUAUUAAAAUUGUCUAUUAAUCUGUUUUACAGCUGGAUUGUGUUGAAUGCUUGACAGUAUUAGGAGGUUUUUGUUGUCCAUUAUUUGUUUAAUAUGAUGUCAAUCUGCAAUCAUUUUUCAAUCACAAUAAAAUGUGAGUGCUUUUCUUUUA